AUGGGCGUUCACUGGGCACCCUUACUGCGGGAGGGGUCACCGCUGCAGCCACCCCAGCCCUGGUGCCCACAGAAGGAAAGCACAGACCUCAUCGUCCAGGGUGCUCCUCCAGGUCUCCUUUGCCCGCUCCUCGGGCACGUCUCCGCCCGGAAGAGCCUUGCUGAUGAAACACUGACCGUUAGCAUGUAUGAUGGUGCUGCUCCCUUGGAUGACCUCAUGAGGAAGUCCUUCCGGUUGAGGGGCCGACCUCCCGCAGCAGGGCCAUUCCCAAGGCCCGGGCCCUGGGGUGCCGAGAGCCCCCCGAGAAGCGCGGGCCGGCCGGCCCUCCCCGCGCCCAGCCCCGCCACCGUCACAGCCGCCUGCUGCCCAGAGCCCAUCGCCAGGCCCCUUCACAGGCCAUCGCUCCUCAUUGCACCCCCAGAGGCAGGUGCCCUUAUUCUCUGCCUCUUACUGGGGAGGAGGCUGGGCUCAGAGAGGGAAAGCCACGGUGCGCCCGGGCCCGCGGGUCUCUACUUCAGGACACUUCGCGGCUGUGACUUGAUCACGUGGCCCCCCACCCGCCUCUCCCGGGCCCUCGGUCCAGGCUUCGGAAGGAGAAAGAAGCGUGGGCGCCUCCAGCCAUCAACACAAGCCCGGUCUUCCAGAAACGUGUGCCCUCGCCGCUUGUCUGAAAAAAACGAACUUCCUGUCGACUCUCCGCUCUCCCUCAGCAGACCAGGGCACGGGGAAGUGUCUAAGCGUCCCUCUUCAUUAAAAAACAGUCCUGAUCAAUACAACGCAGCUGUGACAACGAACGGUGAGCAGCCACAGGGACGCUGCCCACAGACUCGGCGGCGGCCGGGGGAGCGGGCACAAAGCCGCCACGCUGAGCCUGCACACGCCAGUCCGCCUCCAGGGCCAGAAGAGAAGCCCAGACAGCAGCCCCCUGUGCGCUGCGAGACGUCAGGAUGCUGUCAGCUCGGGGUGGGGGCGGGGGGGGUAUUGGAAGGAAGCACGGGGGGCUUCUGA